GAUUCAUUACUACAGACAUGACCUGUAGAGAAUUUUUCAGAAACCUUUCUAGUUAAUAUCGAUCAAAAGAAUUAGAUGGAUGGCAAGAACAAGCACCAAUACAUGGUUUACAAUUACAUAACUACAUUAUUGUGGUUCUCUUCUCGUCUAUCUUGCUCCGCUAGAGAUACCUUAAAAUAUAAUGAAUGGAUUCGAGAUGCUGAUGAGAGCAAAUGGUAUGGUACACUUGUAUCAGCCAAUGAAAUGUUUGAGCUUGGAUUCUUCACUCCCGAGGGCAGUCCUGGGGGGAAACGAUAUGUUGGGAUAUGGUACCACCACGUGAGUCCAAGGACGGUUGUUUGGGUUGCCAACCGAGAUAAUCCAAUAGUCGCUUCUAGAACAAGAGGAAGAGUUUUUGGUUUAAGAGACGACGGUAACAUUCAACUGUUUGAUGAUGCUGUUGGUAAUGGAACAUCUUCUUGGUCAUCGAAACUGGAAAACUCAUCCUCGUUUCCUAAUCGUACGGUAACGCUUUUGGAUAGUGGAAAUCUGGUGUUAAAAGAGUAUGAUGGUAGGUGGUUGUGGGAGAGCUUUAAAAAUCCAACUGAUACAUUUCUACCGGGCAUGAAGAUGGAUGAGAACUUAACGUUGACUUCAUGGAAAGACCAGUAUGAUCCCUACAGUGGUGAUUUCAGGUUUAAAUUGGAUGAAGGAAAUAAACAGUUUGUGAUCCUUAACAAAACGGUUGUUUACUGGAAAAGUGAAGAAUCUGAUAAGUUCUUAAGCUCAAAUAAGAUGCCGGAAGUGAUAACCGACUUUUUAUUAGAUAGCAGCGAGCUGAAGCCGAACUAUACAAAUAAUUCUACUAAAUCCAAACUAUUGCCACCAGUAUUAACUUAUUCUUACAAAAGUUUAGCCAUUAACUCCAAUGGAAAAAUUGAGUUUAAGAGAUGGGAUGAAAUUUGGAUGACGGGAUGGUCUGCACCAAGUGAUAGGUGCAGUGAGUUUAAUGUCUGUGGCGAUUUUGGGAUCUGUAACAGUGACGAGGAGAAGUCCCCGUGCAGAUGCUUGCCUGGAUUAAUGCCAAGCCUGGUGGACAAGUGGGAAUCUGGAGAUUUCUCAGAUGGCUGCACCAGACGAACACAACUCUGCAGCGGUGAAAAGGACACAUUCAGGAGGUUGAAGAUGGUGAAAGUGGGGAACCCAGACUCAACAACAAGGUUACAAGUUAAGAACGAGACUGAAUGCAUGAAGGAGUGCCAGGACAGAUGCAAGUGCCAGGCUUAUUCAUUUCAGGCCGCUUCUGAUCAAAACAAUGGGACAAGGGGAGAGUAUACUCCAACUUCCUGGUGCUGGACAUGGUUCGAAAGUCUAAACGAUCUUCAAGAGGAAAAUAUUACCAAUGAUGGUGGUCACAACUUCUAUGUUCGAGUUGCCUUGUCCGAAAUAAAUGGUGAUACUUCUAAGUCAUCAAUUGAAAAGCCAUCAAGGACAAGAGUAUCGUUAUUUCUGAUUGUCUUGCUCACGGCUAUAAGCAUAAUUGUUCUGUCAUGCAUUUGCAUUGUUAUUUCGUUUGUGAUAUGGAAAAGAAAGAAGGCCAAAAGACUAGAUAGCAGAAAAUCAUCUGAUCAAAGAAACAGGGCACUCCACAUGUUAGACACUGAGAGAAACAUCCAAGAACUGAUGGACUCCUACGAAUUCAAGGAAGAAGAUGAGAAAGGCAUAGAAUUACCAUUUUUUACUUUCCAAAGUAUUCUAGUGGCAACAAAUAACUUCUCUGAUGAUAACAAACUCGGACAAGGGGGCUAUGGGCCUGUUUACAAGGGCAAGUUUCCAGGAGGACAAGAAAUUGCAAUAAAGAGGUUGUCAAGUGUUUCUAGACAAGGCUUAAAGGAAUUCAAGAAUGAAGUGGUCUUAAUUGCAAAACUUCAGCAUCGAAAUCUUGUUAGACUUCGGGGAUAUUGCAUAGACAAAGAGGAGAAGAUUUUACUCUACGAGUACAUGCCUAACAAGAGCUUAGACUCCUUCAUAUUUGAUGAUACAAAAAGGGUGUUAUUGGAUUGGGAGAUACGCUUUGACAUCAUUAUGGGGAUAGCUCGAGGGCUUCUUUAUCUUCAUCAAGAUUCUAGACUAAGGAUCAUUCACAGAGAUUUGAAGACCAGCAAUAUUCUUCUAGACCAUGGUAUGAAUCCCAAAAUAUCUGACUUUGGCUUGGCAAGGAUGGUUGGAGGCAAACAAACAGAGGACAACACAAGCAGAGUAGCUGGAACUUAUGGAGUAACUCAUACUCUUAUAAAUGGUUCCAUCUCAAAACCAAUUGGUGAUGAGUGGAGUAACUCAUACUCUUAUAAAUGGUAUGAUGAUCCCACAUACUUUCCAUGUGGGAUUCUAUUCUCUAACAAGAGAAACAUCCAAGAACUGAUGGACUCCUGCGAAUUUAAGGAAGAAGAUGAGACAGGCAUAGAUUUACCAUUUUUCACAUUGGAAAGUAUACUAGCCGCAACCAAUAACUUCUCUGAUGAAAACAAACUGGGGCAAGGAGGCUAUGGACCUGUUUAUAAGGGCAAGUUUCCAGGAGGCAAAGAAAUUGCAAUAAAAAGGCUGUCAAGUGUUUCUAGACAAGGCUUGCAGGAAUUCAAAAAUGAGGUGGUCUUAAUAGCAAAGCUUCAACAUCGAAAUCUUGUUAGACUUCGGGGAUAUUGCAUAGAAAAAGAGGAGAAGAUUUUACUCUACGAGUACAUGCCUAACAAAAGCUUGGACUCCUUCAUAUUUGAUGACACAAAAAGGGAGUUAUUGAAUUGGGAGAUACGCUUUGACAUUAUUAUGGGGAUAGCUCGAGGUCUUCUUUAUCUUCAUCAAGACUCUAGAUUAAGGAUUAUUCACAGAGAUUUAAAGAGCAGCAAUGUUCUUCUAGACCAUGCCAUGAAUCCCAAAAUAUCUGAUUUUGGCUUGGCAAGGAUGGUUGGAGGUAAUCAAGCAGAGGACAACACAAGCAGAGUAGUUGGAACAUAUGGUUACAUGUCUCCGGAAUACGCUCUAGAAGGAUCUUUCUCUGUCAAAUCCGAUGUGUUUAGCUUUGGUGUUCUUCUACUUGAAAUAGUUAGUGGAAAAAGGUGCACACGAUUUGUUCAUUCGGAAAAACAUUUGAGCCUACUAAGUUAUGCAUGGACACUCUGGUCAGAGAACAAGGUGUUGGAAUUAAUGGACCAGACUUUGCAGGAAAGUUGCAAAGAAGAUCAAUUUAUUAAGUGUGUGAAUAUUGGGCUCUUAUGCGUACAAGAAGACCCAAGUGAUCGGCCAAACAUGUCAAACAUCGUAACCAUGCUUGACAGUGACCCUGCAACUCUUCCAUCUUUCAAAGAACCGACUUUUGUCCUUAGAAGAGGAUCAAGUAACACAGCUUCAUCUAGUAUGCCUGAAACGAAUACUGAAAUAAGUUGUUCCAUGGAAGAAGGUCGAUAGUGUGUAUGUGCCAUGGAAGAGGAUCCGGCUGAGUCUUCUGUUAGAUUAAAUUACUUACUUAAGAAGUCUUGGAAUCUCUUGCUUAAGCUAUCAUGUAUAAUGGGUUGUCUUGAUAAUUUCCUCCCAUUAUUCUAUACUCGUAGCAAUUAUGUUUUCAUUUUCCUAUAAAGGUAACAUCUUAUUUCUGUAGGUAUAUCGGAUACAUCAAAACUCAUAUAUGUAUCUUACUAGUAAAAUCAACUCACCAAGUACAUAUUAAUGAACUAUUUUAACUAAUA